AUGGCCACUUCUCCAGAGACCCAAGCUCCACUACUCGACGACGUCGUGCACGGCGUCUUUGACUGCAACGGCAAUGCAGUUCGCAGGUCCACCUCAGGUGGUUGGAGUUCCGCGUCCUUCAUAAUUUGGGUGGAGGUUGCAGAGAGGGUCGCCUUCUUUGGCAUCUGCACCAACCUCAUUUCGUUUCUGACAGGGCCAUUGGGACAGUCCACGGCCACAGCGGCUCAGAACGUCAACAUGUGGAUCGGAACGGCGGCGUUGCUUCCUCUCUUGGGAGCCUUCGUCGCUGAUUCUCUUCUGGGUCGCUACCGCACCAUCAUUGCCGCUUCUCUCCUCUACAUCUUGGGUCUUGGCUUGCUGAUUGUGUCAGCCGUGCUUCCUUCUAAUUCUAAGCUUCAAGAGUUAUUGUUCUUUUUCUCUCUAUAUUUACUAGCAAUUGCGCUAGGUGGGCACAAGCCCUCUGUUCAGGCUUUCGGAGUAGAUCAGUUUGAUAAUCAUGAUCCGGAGGAGAGGAAAGCGAAAAGCUCAUUCUUCAAUUGGUGGUUUUGGUGUAUAUAUGCAGGUCCCUUGUUUACACUUCCAGUCUUAACCUACAUACAGGACAACCUGAGUUGGGAUCUUGCUUUUGGAAUUCUUUGUAUAUUGAUGGUCCUUUCUCUGCUUAUUUUCAUUCUUGGAACAAGACAUUAUCGGUAUAGCCUCAAAAGAGACGAUGAAAGCCCAUUUGUGAGAAUUGGCAAGGUGUUUGUUGCUGCCAUUAGGAAUUGGAGAACUACUUUACCAAUAUCUUCAAUAGAGGAAUCUCGUGGAACCUUAUCUCACCAAAGUUCUCAACAACUCAAAUUUCUCAACAAAGCGUUGCUUGCAUCGGAUGAUUUGAAGGAAAAUGGGAAAUUUUGUACCGUCGCUGAGGUUGAAGAAGCAAAAGCCAUUCUUAGGUUGUUUCCGAUAUGGGUUACAUCUUUGCCAUAUGCUAUUGUGAUUGCACAGUUCUUGACUUUUUUCACUAAGCAAGGUGCCACCAUGGACAGAACAUUGGUGCCAGGUUUUGAUAUACCAGCUGCUUCACUUCAGACAAUUGUCAACUUCAUCACUAUCAUAUCAAUUCCAAUUUAUGAUCGCAUAUUCGUUCCAAUAGCGAGAGCUUUCACCAGAGAACCCUCUGGCAUUACAAUGCUACAAAGAAUUGGAACUGGGAUGUUUAUAUCUAUUAUUUGCAUGGUAGUUGCAGCUUUAGUUGAAAUGCAAAGGCUCCAGACCGCCAAAGAUUUUGAUCUAGUUGAUAAACCAAGUGCCAGAGUUCCAAUGAGCAUUUGGUGGUUAGGUCCUCAGUACUUGUUAAUUGGACUGGCUGAUGUUUUCACUAUUGUUGGUCUGCAAGAGUUCUUCUACGAUCAGGCACCAAAUGACUUAAAAAGUGUAGGACUUGCUCUCUUCUUCAGUAUAAAUGGUGUGGGAAACUUUCUGAGCAGCUAUCUUAUCUCUGGUAUUGAGGCAGCAACCAGUUGGGUAGGCUACACUAACUGGUUUUCCAAUAACCUUAAUCAUGCACAUCUUGAUUACUUUUAUUGGUUACUUGCAGCAGUCCAUGCAGUAGGAUUGGUGUUCUUCAUGUAUUUUGCAAAAUCAUAUAUUUACAAUAGGGGCAGUACAGUAUAA